AUGUUGUUCUCCAUCACCUCAUUCGUCGCACUUCUCGCCGCUUCCUCCACUCUCGUCGGUGGUGCUUCUCUCAAGCGUCAAAGCGGCGACAACGGCUCUUGCGCGCAGCUUGGGCGUAUCUGCGCUGGUGAUGUGCAGAACGACCUGUCUAACCUCUGGGCUGUCGAGUCUUGCUUAUUUGCUGGGGUCUGUUUUGAGAGGAACGGAUCCUCCUUGGAUGGUUUCUACGGUAACCUCUGGGUGGAGCUUGGUCAUACCAGUAGACCGCCUCUGACCCUAUACACUCCAAGGGUGACUCAAGCUGUCUUCAACAGUAUCUCGAACAAUGGGCCUGGUAUCACUCAGCAGAACUUCAUCGACGGAUAUUACGCUGCUCUCAGCGCGACCGGUGGUCCGUACCCCGACAACGCCCUUGUCAUCGGUGACUUUCAUCGCAUCGCUACAUGGACCGACGUCUGCGGGGCUGGUCAAGGCAUCCCCUACAGCAACUUUGCUGACUACUUCCAGUACAGCGCCACCAAUCCCGCGAACUUCUGUCCGUGA